AUGAAGACCAAGGCCGUCGCGCAUUCGGACGACCUAACAUUCAUCAUCACAAUGCUGUACCAGCCCAACUACUUGUCAACGUUUGGGAGCAUAAGAGGGGAUAAGUUCGCGCGCAAUCCCGUACGACCUAAGUAUAUGUGUCUGCGAUGGGAGGAUAUAGAGUUCUACUCUUUCCAGUGCGACAACGAUAACGAGUUCGACAUCCGAGCCCAGGUCAAGAUCAGAUAG